GCUAUUUGUGCUGUUUUUGACUGUUUUUUGGAGGGGAGACUGUGUCUGUGUGUGUGUGUGUGUGUGAGUGUGUGUGAGUGUGUGUGUGUGUGUGUGUGUGUGUGUGUGGGGCUGCUGGCAGUUUGAACAGUGCAGAGUCGAAACUCUGAAGUGGCUCGUGCAGUGACAGGCAGGCAGGCAGCGCGCGGCUCCCUCUCUGACAGAUCAUCUGCCUCGCGCUGCGCUGUGAUGGCUGGUCGGAGCCAGCGGGACAGACAGAGAGACAGACAGAUAGAGAGGCAGACAGCGGGCUGACAUGCCGCGCUGACACGGAGUCAUGUUGUAAAGCUGUAAUAACACUCGUGCAGAUGAAGGGCGAAUUAGGGUUUUUGUGAGAGCGGUGUGAAGGCGACCUAAAGCCCCGGCUGUGGUGCGCUGUUCCCGGGGAGGACAGUUGGCUGCUCGGCUCUUAAACGCGCUCUGAUUUAAUAGCUACAGUGUCAACACACAGCGCUGUCACACUAACUUUGCUGGCAGCAUGGCACCCUUAGCUUCAGUUUUUUUUGUAACUUCCGACGGUAAUUUGCUCCAAUGGAGCGCAAAAGGCUGCGCCGAACAAGCCCUUCUGUUACCGUAAUAUUGUAGCGGAAACAUUAGUGUUGAUGGGUGUGUGUGUGUGUGUGUGUGUGAGAGAGAGUGAGAGAGAGUGAGUGUGUGUGUGUGGUUUUUUUUUUUUCCACGGUAGAUAGAGGCUACAAGAAGACACGUCGUCGCACCAAGUUGUGUUUCCACUGUGACACCGAGGUAGCCCUCGUAACAAGUUGGUUUGAAGAGAUGCGCUCACAGUUGGCUUCCCUGCAAAGUGUUGCCUCAUUUCUGAGUUUCGGUCAGACCGUGUUUGUGCUCAGGGACAGCUGCAAUUACACUGCUGGGGCUCAUCAAAUAAAGAAAAACGUAAGGGGGAUAUUUGGGCUGACAGAAAUGAGCGUGCUUAGUAAACUUUUAAAAUUUCCUGACAACACUCCUGCUUGUUUGCCAGCACCUUCAGAUCAGAGGAUAUCAGUCUAUUUAGGCUGCAUUCUGUCCUGCUUCUAUUUUCGGACGUGUCCAGUUACAGACUUCAGUCUUCACAUUCAGUUAAAGAUACUGUCGCAAAUCCGCGUGCGUGUUAUUACAAAGCCAAUCUGCCUUGUCUUAAUUAAAUUAAAUUUUAACUGACCCAGAAAUGCGCUGCUAUAUUGGCAGAGGAAAGAGAAGGAAUACACAGAGCGCUGCUGGGCUGUCACAGGUUGGAUGAGAGCAAACAGGGGAAGGUGUUACUUGUGUAACCUUGCCAGCUGCACCGGCUUAUUUUGAAGAUUCAAUCAUGGCGAGGACAUCUUGCGGUUAACUUGACAAAAUGGCUUGCGCAGCAGACAGCUGCAUACAAUUCACACGCCAUGCAAGUGAUGUCCUGCUCAACCUGAACCGGCUGCGCAGCAGAGACAUCCUCACAGAUGUCACUAUCUUGGUUAACAGACAGCAGUUUCGUGCACACAAGACUGUUCUCAUGGCUUGCAGUGGGCUGUUUUACACCAUCUUUACCGACUCCCACAAGUGCAACCUUAAUGCAAUCAGUCUGGACCCAAAGGUGGAUCCAGAGGGCUUCGCCAUCCUGCUGGAGUUUAUGUACACCUCCCGUCUCACACUAAAGGAGAGUCUUAUUAUGGCGAUCAUGAACACAGCCAUCUACCUGCAGAUGGACCAUGUUGUGGACACCUGCCACAGAUUCAUCAAAUCCAGUGAUCCGACUGCCAAGCUGCCCAGAGAUGAGUUUUUGGUCAGUCCCUUGGUUUUACCUCAGGAUGUCCACGCGUACCGGCCCCAUGAUGUUGUUGAUAGUUUGCACAGCCGCGUAGGUCCGUUCAGGGAUGGGAGGCCCUACGGCUCAAACAUGUUCAAUGGGGUCAGCACCCCCAGCAACUACCAUCUCUACGGGCAGUUUCCCAUGCCAGGAUUCCCUUUCCCUCUCUGCAAGCUGACUGAUGCCAAAAACGCUUUUGCUGACCUCUCUAAGAGUGGUAUCCACCACAAGCAUUGUUCUCCGCAUGACAGCGCCAACAUCAUCAGGGCAGAAUACACCAGGGCGGUUGGCACCAGCUCCUCCAGCAUUAUUCACUCCACCACCUACGCUUCCAGGGAGGUAGGGAGAGACGAUGAGAUGCGGAAGGAGAGCCACGAGGGGGUCAGCCAGUCUAUCGCGCUCGGCACAAGGAAGCGUGCGUUUCCUGUGCUGACCCUCGAGCACCAGAGAGACUCGGGAAAAGAUCACGCUCCUCAGGCAGAGGAAGACCUGAUCCAUCAGCACUACCCCCUGGGAAUCUCCUCUGCUGGACGCAAGAGCCUCAUGAGCAGCCCGCAGAGCCCCCUCAAAUCGGACUGCCAGCCCAACUCCCCAACAGAGUCCAGCAGUAGCAAGAACGCCGGCCUCUCCCAAGCCGCUGCAGUGCAAGCUCCGCAAGGGACGCAGGACCCCAAAUCUCGCAACUGGAAGAAGUACAAGUUCAUCGUGCUGAAUCAGAGCGCUAAGGAGGACGAGGUGGGGCUGCGGGAUCCCGGGCUUCGGUCACCUCAGCGCCUUGGCCUGCAACCCUACCUCCACCCCAGCGACUCGGAGAACCUGGACCCACAAACCACGAGCAAGAGCAACGAUCACAGUGAGGACCUACCCGUGCCCCAGGCGAGUCGUCUCAACAACAUCAUUAACAGCGCACUGGAGGGGUCACUGAGGAACGGUGACAGCCACCCUCCGCACUACUUGAGCCGCCUCAACUGCUCGUCUUGUGGCACACCGUCCCCACAGCACUCAGAAGUGUGUCCCAACUCCUCCAGGUCCCGUCUAUCAGAGGACAUGGCAGAGCUGCACUCAGAAUACUCCGACUCCAGUUGUGAAAACGGCACAUUCUUCUGUAACGAAUGUGACUCCAAGUUUGCCGAGGAUGAAGCGCUGAAACAACACAUGCUUCAAGUGCACAGCGACAAGCCAUACAAGUGUGACCGCUGCCAGGCGGCUUUCCGCUACAAGGGCAACCUCGCCAGCCACAAGACCGUCCACACAGGAGAGAAGCCGUAUCGCUGUAAUAUCUGUGGUGCUCAGUUUAACAGACCAGCUAACCUCAAGACUCACACUCGCAUCCACUCAGGAGAGAAGCCAUACAAAUGUGAGACGUGUGGAGCUCGUUUUGUACAGGUUGCUCAUCUCCGCGCUCACGUGUUGAUCCACACGGGUGAGAAGCCAUAUCCGUGUGAGAUCUGUGGAACACGCUUCCGUCACCUGCAGACGCUGAAGAGCCACCUGCGCAUACACACGGGAGAAAAGCCCUACCAUUGUGAGAAAUGCAACUUGCACUUCCGCCACAAGAGUCAACUGCGGCUGCAUCUUCGACAGAAGCAUGGCGCCAUCACUAACACAAAGAUCCAGUACCGUAUGUCGACGGCGGACAUGCCCACUGACUUGACGAAGGCGUGCUGAGCUGGAAGAAGUGAACAGUUUUAAUGGAGGCAAUCUUGACCUUGGCAUUUAAAGACCCCAACUUGUACAAUCAUCCAAAAUUGUAGUGCCACACUGUGUUCAUUAGACAAAUAAAUUGGCUGCGUACGCCAUUCUAAACGGGUUUCCACUACAUGUGAACGUAGAGCCACUUAUGGCAUCUUAGUCACUUUAUUGUUUCUAUAUAGAUAUGAAUAUAUAUAUAUAUAUGUAUGUUGGGAGUGUUUCUAAGCUUUGAAGGUACGUAUAUAAAGCUUUAUUUUGUUGAGAAGGAUGGAAUGUAAACAAUCUGUUUUUUGAAAAUACAGUAUUUUAUAUCAGAGAACUUACUUUUCUGAAAGUGUUGAAAUUUUGAUUGACGGGUGGUACAUAUAUUUUAAGAUUACGAGAUUUGCGGCUGUAUAGAGUUGUCUAUACAUUUUUAUGUAGAUGUACGUACAUGUUGCACCAUGUCAAGUUGCCAUAUUCAUGUGAGGUGGGAGAAAAAAAAAACGACAUAGUAAUUGGAUUCAGUCAAAACAUAUCAGAUGACUGCUGCUGCUGUCUGAUGAGGUUAUGCAUGAGGUACUCUGCCAGUUGUCAGCGCACAUGAAGUGGGCAACUGCAUAAAUAUUGUGACAUAUUGUGUAAUUAUAUCUGUGGGAUUGCUCUCUGCUGGCAGAGCCAAUCUUAAGUGUUGAGAUGCAUUUCAAGGUACUGCUUUGUUAUGACCAAGAAAAUAUUUUGCUUCAAAUGUAUUUGUAUAGAUGUGACUUUUGUUUUUGUUCAUUUGUUUUCCAUAAGUGAAGGUUUACAGUUUUUGGUCAUUGUUCUAGCUCCUACAGUAAAGUUGUGUAAGUGUCAAGGUUUUUUGUUUGUACAUACACUGUGUAUUCAAUGUGCCUUUCUCUAUGGUGUCUGAAUUCCUCUCCAUUCAGCCCAGCUCCAUCAAGGUACAACUCAAGGACAACACCUGUCCUAACCCCCCUGUGUGUAUGUGAGUGUGUGUGUGUGCGAGUGAGCGUGUGUAUAUAUUUUUAAAUGCUUGUCACCAACCUUAAAACAUGCAAAUUCAUCAUUGUAAAUCUUCAGGACUUGUUUUUGGAUUGGGCUUUUUUAACUGCAUUAAAAUUAUUGUACAAUGUUAUAGAUGUAUGAAUGUAAAAUAAAGGUAUUGGAUUUCUA